CUUUGCCUCGGCGACGCUUCAGAGGUAGAUUUAGAUACACGGUGAAUGCUAUUUGCUGAUGAGAAUGAAAAUGAGCACAAGAAAGCAACUCCUAUCAGAAGCAGCAGUAGCAGAAGAAGAAAAACGUAACAUCAGGGUGAUUAUAAUUCCCGAAAUUUUUUAAAAAAGGAAAUCAUGUAUGGAAAAGUGGUUCUUUCAUUCAUUUUCGUGCUCUUGCUCGUCCUUUCUUACUCAAUUUUCAUAGGCACUCUCGACAUUCGAUCUUAUUUCUUCCCUCUCUUAAAAUCACCCACGCCCGCUCCAUGCGGACCCGACCCGCCUCUCCGGGUCUACAUGUACGAUCUCCCACGCCGCUUCAACGUAGGCAUGAUUAAUCGCCGUAGCACGGAGGAAGCUCCUGUCACAGUCCUGGACUGGCCGCCGUGGCCGGGUAACUCGGGGCUGAAGAAGCAGCACAGCGUGGAGUACUGGAUGAUGGGCUCGCUCCUCCACGGUGGCGACGACGGUGAGCGCAGAGAAGCGAUUAGGGUUUCGGAUCCGGAACUCGCUGACGCGUUCUUCGUGCCAUUUUUCUCUUCGCUGAGUUUCAACACGCACGGCCACACUAUGACGGAUCCGGCCAAUGAGAUUGAUCGCCAAUUGCAGGUUGAUGUAAUAGAAUUCUUAAGGAAAUCCAAAUACUGGCAGAGGUCUAGAGGUAGAGACCAUGUAUUUCCUAUGACACACCCCAAUGCCUUUAGGUUCCUGCGAAAUCAACUGAAUGAAUCUAUUCAGGUUGUUGUGGAUUUUGGCCGCUACCCCAAAGGCAUGUCUAAUUUGAACAAAGAUGUGGUGUCCCCGUAUGUGCAUGUUGUGGAUUCUUUUACUGAUGAUGAGGCUCAAGAUGCGUACAGCUCUCGCUCCACGCUGCUUUUCUUCCGUGGGAGGACUUUCAGGAAGGAUGAAGGCAUUAUCCGAGCUAAACUAGCUAAGAUAUUGGAUGGUUAUGAUGAUGUUCACUAUGAGCGAAGUGUUGCUUCAGAAGAAAACAUAAAAGCGUCAUCUAAGGGGAUGCGUUCCUCAAAGUUUUGUUUGCAUCCAGCAGGAGACACACCAUCAUCCUGUCGUCUUUUUGAUGCCAUUGUCAGUCACUGUGUUCCUGUCAUUGUGAGUGAUCAAAUUGAACUCCCAUUUGAGGAUGAGAUUGACUACUCCCAGUUCUCAGUGUUCUUCUCUUUCAAAGAAGCUUUACAGCCUGGCUACAUGAUCAAUCAGCUUCGUAAAUUUCCAAAGGAGAAAUGGACUGAAAUGUGGAGGGAGCUUAAAAACAUCUCACAUCAUUAUGAAUUCCAGUACCCUCCGAAAAGAGAAGAUGCUGUUAAUAUGCUGUGGAGACAGGUCAAGCACAAGCUUCCAGGGGUCAGACUUUCGGUUCAUAGAAGCCGGAGGUUAAAAAUUCCAGAUUGGUGGCAGAAGAGAUGAUUUUU